AUGUCGUCCAAAGCCACCGCGAAGGCCUCCGUUGCAUUGGAGCAUUUCGUACGUCUUAAUACAUCAGUCUUCUACCACGAACCUACCACGUCGAAAUCCGGGUCCUCCACAUCUCCUGAUCCAGACCUCAUCUUUCUCGCAGGCUGGAUGGAUGCUUCACCCAGGACUCUAGCCAAAUAUACCGCCGGUUACGAGAAAAUAUACCCAUCAGCGCGCAUCGUAGCCAUAACGACAACCUCCCUCGACGCUGCAUUCCUCCCUCUCUCAUCGAACCUCAAGCGCAUUCAACCCGCCAUUGACAUCCUCUCUGCACUACCAUCCGGCUCGAAACUCCUCGUACACUUCUUCUCCGUCGGCGGAGCAUGGACGACUUGUCUAGUAGCAAAAGCAUACCAUGCAAAAACGGGGCGCCAAUUGCCAGUCACAGGUAUGAUCUUGGACAGCACACCUGGACGUGUCAAAUACGCGUCCACAAUUCGCGCCUUUGCAGUAGCAUUACCCAAAAAUCCGAUCCUAAACGCACUCACGAACAUCGGAAUACGUAUCAUGUUCUUCUUAUACAUUUUCGCGUAUUGGAUAAGUGGGAAGUUGGAUCUGAUAGCGCAGACGCGGGCGGAUCUGAACCACAAGGCAUAUUUUGGAACAGAGGCGAAGAGGAUGUACAUCUACAGUGAUGCGGAUGACAAGGUUGCGUGGGAAUUUGUCGAGGAACAUAUUGAGGAGGCCAGGCAGAAGGGGUAUUACGCUGAAGGAGAUAGGUGGGUUGGUAGUACGCAUUGCGGGCAUUUGCUGGUGGACCCUGAGCGGUACUGGAAGGGUGUUACUGGGCUAUGGGGGAGUGUUUCGUGA